AUGACGGCCUUGGCCCUGGCGAAGCGCAGCGUACGACGCGAGCUCGUGCCUGUGCUGGGAGCGUUGCCGCGGCAUGUAAUCGAAGAACAGUCACGGCAGAUUUUAGCGCGGCUCCUGGCCAUGCCGGCGUAUGUGAAUGCAGAAGCGAUUAGCGUGUACCUGAGCAUGCCGUCGGGCGAGGUCGAGACAUGGGACAUGUGCAGCCAAAUUUUAGCCCAUGGCAAGCGUCUAUACAUUCCGCGGUUCAGCACUGUGGGCACAGGAGAGGGGUUCGCGUUUACGCGGGAUAUGAACAUGCUGCGCGUGUUUUCCGAGGACGAGUUGCGUCGUGGGCUCUUGCGCAAUUCGUGGGGUAUUGACGAGCCGACGCCCAAGUACAUGGAUGCACCGCGAGAGGAUGCGCUCGAGCCGUGUACGGGGGGCCAGGGGUUGGAUCUGGUGAUUGUGCCUGGCGUGGCGUUUGAUAGACAGGGCGGGCGCUUGGGGCAUGGCAAGGGGUACUAUGACCGCUAUAUUCAGCGUGCGCGCGCGUUUGCAGAAGCGAACGGGCUUGCACCGCCGCCUGCCAUUGCACUUGCACUGGCUGAGCAGGUGCGUGCGCCGUGCGUGCCGACAGGGGAAAUGGAUGUGCCCAUGGAUGCGAUUCUCACUGCGGAGGAAGCCGUGAUGGUGCACAGAAACGCGCAAUGA